CAGCUUCUAUUGAGUAUUUGAGUUUGAACCUUGGACAAAGAUGGAGGUGAAAAACUCUUUGCCGAGUACUACAACUGCACUUGUUGCUUAUGAUGAAGAUGGCCAUGUUAAAAGGACUGGAAAUUUAUGGAGUGCUGUGGCUCACAUCAUCACUGCUGUUAUUGGAUCUGGUGUUCUAUCUCUUGCAUGGAGCACUGCCCAAUUGGGAUGGAUUGGAGGGCCACUUGCAUUGCUUUGCUUUGCAAUCAUCACCUAUGUUUCUUCAUCCCUUCUCUCUGAUUGUUAUAGAACUCCUGAUCCUGUCACUGGGAAAAGAAACUACUCAUACAUGGAUGCUGUUAGAGUCAAUCUUGGUAAAAGAAGAACAUGGUUGGCUGGAUUUCUUCAAUUUUUGACCUUGUAUGGGACUAGUUGUGCUUAUGUACUUACUACAGCAAAUAGUUUAAGAGCAAUUCUGAGAGCAAAUUGUUAUCACAAGGAAGGGCAUGAAGCUCCUUGUGUUUAUGGGGGCAAUAUUUAUAUGGUGAUGUUUGGAGCUGUUCAAAUCGUAAUGUCAUUCAUACCAGACCUCCAUAACAUGUUAUGGGUCUCAGUUCUUGCAGCAAUUAUGUCCUUUACAUACUCUUUCAUUGGACUAGGACUUGGCAUGGCAAAGGUUAUAGGAAAUGGAAGAAUUAUGGGUAGCAUAACAGGGAUACCAGCUACUAACACAGCUAACAAGUUAUGGUUAGUGUUCCAAGCACUUGGUGACAUAGCUUUUGCUUAUCCAUAUGCCUUGCUCCUUCUUGAGAUACAGGACACUCUGAAGUCUACUCCACCAGAAAAUCAAACCAUGAAAAAGGCUUCCAUGGUUGCAAUCAUUGUGACAACAUUCUUCUACCUGUCUUGUGGAUGCUUUGGAUAUGGAGCUUUUGGAGAUGGUACGCCAGGGAACAUCUUGACAGGGUUUGGGUUUUAUGAGCCUUAUUGGCUUGUUGCCUUUGCCAAUGCUUGCAUCAUUCUUCAUUUGGUGGGAGGAUAUCAGAUGUACAGUCAACCAAUAUAUACUUAUGCUGAUAGAUGGUGUUCAAGAAGAUUCCCUGAGAGUGACUUUGCAAACAAGAGUUACAAAAUAAAGUUGCCUUUAAUCCCUGGUUAUGAGCUGAAUCUGUUUAGGUUGUGUUUUAGAACAGUGUAUGUGAUUUCAACCACUGGGAUUGCAAUUUUGUUUCCUUACUUCAACCAAGUUCUGGGAGUGUUAGGAGCCAUAAAUUUCUGGCCAUUGGCUAUAUAUUUUCCAGUGGAAAUCUACUUGCAACAGAGGGAAAUUGGAGCUUGGACCAAACAAUGGAUUCUUCUUAGGAUCUUUAGCUUUCUUUGCUUCACUGUCACAGUUGUGGGUCUAGUGGGAUCAAUUCAAGGAAUCAUUAGUCAGAAACUUUAG